UCGUUGCGUCUGGGCCAUAGGUGCAGGCAUCAUGGUUUGAAAGGCUCAAGAGGGAAAUACAAAGAAGAUUGACAGCAUCAAAGUUGAUAAAAGUGCGCCCUUUAUUUUGGCCGUUACAUUGAGCCCCCAACGGCUACAUUUUCAAUUACUUAACUUAUAAAUCCAAAUUCUCCUUCGUCCUUCUUCGCCUUCAAAUCAAACCGAGAACCUCUCAGACACCACACAAUCACAAACAAAUGGCUUCUUCUUCCAAGCUCAGAAGAAACUCCUGCUCCUUCACAGGCCUCCUCCUUUCCUGCCUCAACUUCACUCUCUUCAUUCUCUCAGCCUGCUCCGUUGCUCCCACCGUCCUCCUCCGCAUGCCUCCGACUUCUUUCGGCAUGGCCUUCCUUCUGGUUUCUGCAAUCUCCCUCCUCUCUUCCUUCAUCGGCUUCUACUCUCACCUCACUCAUUUCUGCUUCAUCACCCACACCUCCCUCCUCCUCGCCUCCCUGGUCUCCCUGGUCCUAAGCAUCCUCGCCCUGUUCACCAAGGAGAAAGCGAGCCUCUCCCUCUUCAAGUCGCCUCGCGACCCAAAAGAAGCGAAGCUCCUGGUGAGGCUGGAAUGUGGAGCUCUCAUGGCCAUUCUGAUGCUCCAGAUAGUGGUUCUGGUGCUGAGCUGUGCAGUGCAUAACUGCUGGGUGAAGGAUUACCAAGAACUGGGAGCACAGAACGAGGCGUCGGCGAGGAAAAGAAGCAAGAGGAUGGCGAGAGUUCAGGAGGAAUCGAUGGCAAACGCGAACAAGAUGGCGGAAGUGAAGGCCAAGGAAUUAGAUGAGAAAAUGAAGAGCAAGCAUGGACAGUGGGUGAAGACUGAAUUUGAACCUUGAAAGAGCCUGCCUUUAUUAUUAGUUAGCUUCUCCGCAACUAAUGAUCAUGUUCUUGAGAUGUACAGUAUCCCCCCCCCUUUUAAGGAGUGGUUGAUGUUCCUAUGUUUGAUUGGUGUUUUGUUCCCAAUGGCCUAUUGGUAUUGUUCAUGCGGAUCACUAAUGGGUGUGGCCUUUACUUGUGUGAGAAGCUACCAAUGUGACUUUUCUCUCAUCAUAUUAGUAUUUUGAAUUUGAAUUGAGUUUGGUA